CCAGCGUCACUCUGAAUGAUGACCACGGUGAUAUCUGCCAAGUGGGACUUGCUGGAUAAUUGCAGCACACUCAGUCCAAGCACCACAGGGACAGACUUUCAGCUCAAUGUGUCACUGGACAAAGAUCCAUAUGCAAAUUAUGAUGAGGAGAUUUUGCACUAUCUUUGGAGGGACUAUCUCUUUCCUAAACUCUAUGAAUGGGUCCUCAUUGUUGGAUAUAUCGUUGUAUUUGUGGUGGCCCUGGCUGGUAAUGUCUUAGUCUGCCUUGCUGUAUGGAGGAACCAUCAUAUGAGAACAGUGACCAACUACUUCAUUGUGAACCUCUCUCUGGCAGAUGUGCUGGUCACUGCUAUCUGUCUACCAGCCAGUCUGGUGGUGGACAUUACUGAGAGCUGGUUUUUUGGACCUACCCUCUGCAAGGUCAUCCCUUAUCUACAGACAGUGUCCGUGUCCGUAUCAGUAUUGACCCUCAGCUUCAUUGCUCUGGAUCGCUGGUAUGCCAUCUGCCACCCACUGAAGUUUAAGAGCACUGCCAAGCGGGCACAGAACAGCAUCAUUGUGAUCUGGAUUGCUUCGUUGCUGAUGAUGGUGCCGCAGGCUAUUGUGAUGGGAAGCAGCAGCAUGAUCCCAGAACUGGCAAACCAAACUCAGCUCUUUUCCGUCUGUGAUGAGCACUGGGCAGAUGAUGUCUAUCCAAAGGUGUAUCAUAUAUGCUUCUUCAUGGUGACCUACCUGGCCCCUCUGUGCCUGAUGUUCAUGGCCUACUUCCAAAUCUUUCGCAAACUGUGGUGCAGACAGAUUCCUGGAGCUGGGACAGCCUUAACACAUAAGUGGCUUCCUCGUUCACAGAAACCCUUGUCUCAGAAAGAGGACACAGCAGCAUCUCACUGCUCCAGUGCUAUCAGUGCAGAGACCAAGCAGUUGCGUGCCCGUCGUAAGACUGCCCGAAUGCUGAUUGUGGUGCUGCUCGUGUUUGCUCUAUGCUACCUACCAAUCAGCAUCCUAAAUAUCCUCAAGAGGGUAUUUGGAUACUUUGAAAACACAAAUGACAGAGAGGCCAUUUAUGCAUGGUUUACAUUCUCCCACUGGCUUGUUUAUGCUAACAGUGCAGCAAAUCCCAUCAUCUAUAAUUUUCUGAGUGGAAAAUUUCGUGAGGAGUUUAAGGCAGCCUUUUCUUGCUGUACCAAAAGCUUUACAGCAUGCCGACAUGUUAAUGUUCAACAUGUGAAACGAAGCACCAGCCAAAAAUCUCUUACUGGCAACAGUAAAUUUGACAGCAUUUCCAAGGUAACUGAACAUGUGGCUGUUGGCAGUGUCACCACAGUUCUUGGAUAGACAACAAAGAAACAUAUUGGUCUGUACAGCACAUCAAGGAGCCAUUACUACUGAACAUGUUCCAAGGCAUGGUGGAAUUCUGAAAGCUGCAGAUAGGGUUUGCAGAUAUUACUGCUAAACAUUACACUGGACUGCAAAUGGCAUGUGGAACCUGGCAGCACAGUGGUCACACACCAGUUACAAAUAUAAGGUGCUAGAAAGUGACUCUUAUUAAAACAUAAUUUCUGUAACUCAGUUUGAAGAACUUAUGUAGUGACUAAAUGUUGACUCAGUAUCACCAAGUAAUUCAUUUCAAUUAAAAACGAUGAACAGCAAAACUUUGAGUACUGGCAAUAAAAGAUUGCCUGUUCAUUUUUCAGCUUGCAGCUUUAUUAAUCCAAGUUUGUACAAAUUGAAAAAAGUAGAAAUUACCUAACAAUCAGAAGGCUCAAUGCAGAGAUGGACCUGAAACCUGCUCUGCAAAGCGCUGUGAGUGAGAAGAAAGCCUUGGUGUGUGUCUGUCAAAACCAUUAGCAACCUAAUGUAUUGUUGUGCACAUGGAUUGAACUUCAGCAGGGUGGCCCUCUGCUUCCAGAGUGUUUGACAUGCAGCAGUCGCUUGGUCAGAACCUAAGACCAAUCUGAUCCAAGUAUAAAAUACUGGGUGUGGAGAAAAUGAUUUGCAGUUGACUGUUUCCUGAGAUCAGGUUGUCAGGUUUGGCACUUUAUAAACCUCAAAUUGCUAUGCUGCUGUUUUCCUUUAUUUCGCUCUACAUGCUGUAACACUUAUGGAAAUGUAAACCUUUUGUGUGCAGCUCAUUAUGGUUCUGCAUGACAUGCCUAAUUGUUUCACUCACCAUGUUGUAUUUUAUAUUUGCACAGUUG